UAGAAGAGUAAAGAGUAUGGACUGAUUUGUGAUAUUUCUCCAAAAGCCAUACAGAAUGACUGAUCUCCUAUGUAGAAUAUGCCUGGCACGUGAUACUCGUAUGUGUACAACGUACAACACGCCACUGGAAGUGCUUUAUCAAAAAAUCACAAAAAUACCUCUUAAAACAAAAGACGGAAGGCCGCACGUGGUGUGUUACGUCUGCUACCAUUUAUUGAGCAAGUGUCACAAAUUCAUCGAAAGUGCUGUUAAAACUGACAGAGUUCUUCAACGACUAUGUAGCAGUGGUAUACAGUUAACCGAGCAGCAUAUUGCAGCGAUAGACAAGGCUUUCUUACUCACACCAUUAACUAAGUCACGCGUUAUAAAUGUAAACGCAAUAAGCGAUUCAGACGGAGUCAGUAUAGAAGUGGCUGAAGUCAAGAGAGAAAUUGAAGAAGAUAAGCCUAUAUAUUAUGAGGUGGAAGUGGUUAACGAAAAAGCUGAUUCUUUAGGUUUUGACGGUAUAAAUAAUACAGAACAUAGUUCAAAACUGUACGCUUGUACUAUCUGUGGUCAUUGCUUGCUGACCAAAGCUGAAGCUAGGAAGCACUACAAAUGGCAUGGCACCUCCGAAGAACCCUAUCUGGACUGUCUGAAUUAUUUAUUUGGCGCUCCACCAACUGUGGAAGUCACUAUGCAACCUAUCACGGCGCCAACUGACAGCAAAGAAGUAAUAAAGGCGCCAACUGACCACAAAGAAGCACUACCGGCGCCAACUGGCAGCAUACAAGCACUAACGGCUCCAACUGGCAGCAAAGAAUCACUAACGGCACAAACAGGCACCAUACAAACAGCCACUGCACCAACUUACAGCAUACAAGCGGUGACGGCGCCCACUGACCACAAAGAAUCACUCGCGGCGCCAAAAAAAUCACUAACGGCGCCAACUGACAGCAUACAAGUGGUGACGGCGCCAACUGACAGCAAAGAAACACUAACGGCACAAACAGGCAGAACACAAACAGCCACUGCACCAACUUACAGCAUACAAGCGUUGACGGUGCCAACUGACCACAAAGAAUCACACGCUGCGCCAACUGACAGGAAUGAAUCACUAACGGCGCCAACUGACAGCAUACAAGUGGUGACGGCGCCAAUUCAUAGCAGAGAAGUGCUGAAGUCUCCGCAAACUAUCGUAGCGUCCGACACUAGUCCAACGAAGAUUGAAAAUGAUGAAGAGAUGCCUCAGAAAGAAGAUAUGGACGAAAAAUCAAAUUUACUCGAAGAACUAAAAGAUAAAUCGUCAAAAAUUUACAAAAACGAAAAAGAAUUAAUGAUAGAAAUGAAAAUAGACGUCUAUAAAAAAAUUGUGAAGCCAAAGAAUAUAAUAAAGAAAAAAGAAGAAACUGCGAAACCAAAUAAUACAAUAAAGAAAAAAGAAAAAGCAACUAACAGUGAAAUGACUGUAAAAAAGAGAAAACUCACUAAAAACAUGAAACCAAAUAGAAAAAAUGAAUCAAAAUUAACCGUUAGUAAUAAUUUAAGCGAAAACGAGGUAUAUUGUAAAGUCCCAUUAUUUAAAUCGGAUGACCCGUUAGACAGAAAUUAUAAAGAUAAUACACCAAAUACAGAUAAAUUAGACAGUUCAGACACGAAUAUGGACACGGAAGAUAUAGAACAAAAUGAUGAAAAUGAAACGAAAAAAAAUACAGCAACAGAAAAAACAUUUCCAUGUGAUACUUGUAAAAAAGUCUUCCCAAGUAAUGCGAGGUUGAAACGCCAUAGACGUGUGCACACGGGCGAGAAACCAUUCUCAUGCGACCAUUGCUCGAAAACAUUCGCAGACAAAGCUCAUUUAACUAAACAUAUACGGAUACAUACAGGUGAAAAACCGUUCUCAUGUAACUAUUGCCAUUAUAAGACCACUCAAAAAUCAACUUUAAUUAAACACGAAAGGACACAUACAGGUGAAAAACCGUUCUCAUGUAACUAUUGCCAUUAUAAGACCACUCAAAAAUCAACUUUAAUUAAACACGAAAGGACACAUACAGGUGAAAAACCGUUCUCAUGUAACUAUUGUCAUUACAAGACUGUUCAAAAAGCUCAUUUAACUACUCAUAUACGGAGACAUACAGGUGAAAAACCGUUCUCAUGUAACUAUUGCCAUUAUAAGACCACUCAAAAAUCAACUUUAAUUAAACACGAAAAGACACAUACAGGUGAAAAACCGUUCUCAUGUAACUAUUGUCAUUACAAGACUGCAUAUAAAGAUGUUUUAGUCCGUCAUAUACGGAUACAUACAGGUGAAAAACCGUUCUCAUGUUCGUAUUGUUAUUACAAGACCGCAUUAAAACGUAAUUUAACUACUCAUAUACGGACACAUAAAGGUGAAAAACCGUUCUCAUGUGACUAUUGUAAUUACAAGGCUACUACAAAAGCUCAUUUAACUAUUCACAUACGGACACACACAGGUGAAAAACCGUUCUCAUGUAACUAUUGCCAUUAUAAGACCACCCUAAAAUCAAAUUUAAUUAAACACGAAAGGACACAUACAGGUGAAAAACCGUUCUCAUGUAACUAUUGCCAUUAUAAGACCACUCAAAAAUCAACUUUAACUAAACACGAAAGGACACAUACAGGCGAAAAACCGAUUUGA